AUGGGGAACUGUCUAAAAGUCCUAACAAAAAAGUCAGAAAAGCCUGCAUCAAGACCAGACAAACCCAAAAAAUUGACAAUGGAAGAGAUGCUAAAGCUUGAUAUAAGCAACAUAGAAAUUUUGCAUGAAGAUGGCAAUACCUCUUGCUAUUUCAGUAAAUAUGAUGAUAAAAUCAAUGAAAUUAGCCCAAAUGAACUGAUGAUCAUGUAUUUUGAAACAGUCGAUAGUAGGAAGGAAGAAGUUCAAAUUCUAGCCGGAGAAAAAGUCAGUACCUUAAGGACAAAAGCUAAAGCAGCUCUAGGGCUAGAUGAUGUCCAUAUGUUUUUAGAUGGAAGAGUUUUAGAGGACAAAUGUCUAUUAAACAGCUAUAAAAUAAAGCAAGGUGCAGUUAUUGAUGUAAUUAAUGUAUAUCAGCCUUAA